AUGGCCGUCCCAUCAGGCUUUGCAAUGUCAGAAGACAUUUCAAGGCUCUCCCUUGAGCAAGGGCGUGAUCCCCCACAUCCGCCAGCACCCAAGCCAUCUGCCAACGGCAUCAUCGCUUUUGAUAUCACAUCAAAGUUUACCACAGCGGCUGGAACGCUCUCCCCUGGCGAGUUGGUCAAGGAUGGCUUCUUCACGCUGUUUGAGUCCGUUGGGGCCCUCGAGAUCAUGGACCCGAAAAUGGAUAGCGGGUGCUUAGAAGCGGAAGACUCUCUUGACGUAGACUACGAUGUGUCACGCCCCCUCCUCCCUGAGGAAGUUCUUGGCAUCAUCGACCAGUUGCUAUGCCACGAGAUGUCCUGGCACGUUGGAUACCCCCUGUCUCAAACUGUCUUGACCAGCGUCUACGUCGAGUCUAUUCUCAUGCCCAAACCGGCUACCAUCGACGACGCCCACUUCAUCAGAAACGCCAGCGGCACGCCGCCAUCACCGAUGCACGCCGUCCUCCGAGCAUAUUGCUUAGGCCUGCUGAAGACAUGCGGAAAUGUCAACGAGAGGAUCAAGAACGAACACUACUACGAGGAAGAGGAUUUUGUUACAAAUACGUAUAACAGGGUCUUACUUGACACUUUCAGCAUAGAGUCGGUCCGCGAAGUCCUCAAGGAGGCGAGCUUCAUUUUGCGGCAGCUGUCAGACUCUAUACCCCAAGAAAUGAUUGACGCCCUCCACACCCGGCUGCUCUUCCGAUAUACACUUCUGGCAGCGAUAGACCACACGCAGUUUCGGACAGACCCGGAUCGCAUCAGGAGUCCAUGGAAAGAAGCCCAUGACAUGCUCCCGAGCAUCAAGAGUACCCAUGCACUAAGCAAACCCGUUCCAGAGGCCUGCAGCGCCAGGCUCCAGCGCAAACUCGCCAGCACGAUGCCUCCGCGUCCCAUCGUCGAGAUAAGCUUCGACGACGCCUUUGGACACCUGACGAAAAUCAUCAGCGACGGGCUUGAAGUUGUGGGGGUCCUCGACUAUACCGACUCCAUCUGCCUUCAGACAUACGUGAUGACAUUCCAAGCGAAGAAGCCUCAGCCCCUGAUCUUCGUCCGCACUCUCCUCCAAAGCUUCCUCUUCAAGGACAUGGAGGUUCUGGGCCACAAGAGCAUACGCCAACUCCUCGACGAUGACUUCUCCAUCGUCUCCCUACCAAACAGCCCGCUCCUCGAUCGCGCCAACGACGAGAUCGAGGCCGUCAAAGACCCGCGCUUCACCAUCGCGAACCAGAUGGAGGUCUUCCGCCAGCGCGCUGCGCAGCCCUACCUCGACAUCCUCCGAACCUUCUGCCAGAACCGGUGUCGCGUGCGUAGGACCCUAUGCCACAUCGUCCGUGACUGGGAGAACCUGCAGUUCGACGCCGAGGAUAUCGACCAGAUCAUCCAGCACGAGAUCAACGAACAGCCUCUCGUCUACCAAUCCGCCUCGGGGCCCGUCGAGACGUGGUCUCUGCCACUGUCGUCGUGGGCCUACCUGUACAAGGUCAAGCAGAUGGAGUGGAUCGUCCAACUCGGCUUCGAGCUCGAAGUCUACCAGCCCGACGAGCUGGGAGGCAUGUACUGGUAUCUGAACUACCUGUCCAAAAACCGUCUCCAGCACAUUGAGCGUAUCAAGUCCUUCGUCGUCCGGAGCAUAAACCAGGCUCGCUCGAGCAGGCAGCGGCUCACGCCAGCGGCAGAGGCGCAGUACAACAAAUCGCUGGCGUUUCUCCGCCUGGCGCUACUGGAUGCUGCCGUCACAGAAGGCGUCUCGGACGCCCUCUGCUGCCUUUACACAGUCCUUCAACGCCUGCGGCUCGUCAAGCCCCCUCCACGACCCUACAGCACCGACGAGCUCCGCUACGAACUCCGGAUGAAGCCCUUCGCCGUCAUCGGUCUCCCCUCCCUUCCAACUUUCGAAGAGUUCACCAUCGGCACACAGCAGACGGAGUGUCCGAGCGCCGAUCUGCUCGAAUUGGCCGACAGGGCCAUUACGGGCGCAAAGAAGGGUUUCGAGGUCAUGAGCAAGUUGCCCGAGGCGGAGGCGUUUUCGGUCGGAUCACAUGACCGCUGGGCGCCGUCCGUCAAGAACGGGCUGAAGUCGUGCAUUGCCACGGGACUGGCCGUCUCGGUUAUCCGAAAGGCGCUAGACAAGUCGGGCGAAGGCGGGGACCUGAAGUUGAAGGUCGAGGUGCCGACUCCCAACAAGUCGUAUCACGAGUGGUGGAUCGUCCCGCGCAUUAUGCCUGUGAGAUGA